GCGGAAGUGGCGUCAGUUCCGGCGGGGCCCGGCCGGCAGCGGGGCGGGCGCCAUGUCCACAUCGCUGGGCUCCAACACCUACAACCGGCAGAACUGGGAGGACGCGGACUUCCCUAUCCUGUGCCAGACAUGUCUUGGAGAAAACCCCUACAUUCGGAUGACCAAAGAAAAAUAUGGAAAAGAAUGCAAGAUUUGUGCCAGGCCUUUCACCGUGUUCCGCUGGUGCCCCGGGGUGCGGAUGCGCUUCAAGAAGACCGAAGUGUGCCAGACGUGCAGCAAGCUGAAGAAUGUCUGCCAGACCUGCCUGCUUGACCUGGAAUAUGGUUUGCCUAUCCAAGUCCGAGAUGCAGGACUCUCCCUUAAGGAUGAAAUGCCCAAAUCUGAUGUCAACAAAGAGUACUAUACCCAGAACAUGGAGCGAGAGAUAGCCAAUUCUGAUGGCACUAGACCUGUUGGUGCUCUAGGAAAAGCUACUUCUACCAGUGACAUGCUGCUGAAGCUGGCCCGAACCACUCCGUACUACAAACGCAACCGUCCUCACAUCUGCUCCUUCUGGGUGAAAGGAGAGUGCAAGAGAGGGGAGGAGUGUCCCUACAGACAUGAGAAACCUACAGAUCCAGACGAUCCUCUGGCUGACCAGAACAUCAAAGAUCGUUACUAUGGAAUUAAUGAUCCCGUGGCUGAUAAACUGCUGAAACGAGCAUCAACCAUGCCUCGACUAGACCCCCCCGAAGACAAGACUAUUACUACACUGUAUGUUGGAGGGCUUGGAGAUACUAUUUCUGAAUCGGAUCUCAGAAAUCACUUCUACCAGUUUGGGGAGAUCCGGACGAUAACGGUGGUGCAGAGGCAGCAGUGUGCUUUCAUCCAGUUUGCCACCCGCCAGGCUGCAGAGGUGGCUGCUGAGAAAUCCUUCAACAAGCUCAUUGUCAACGGCCGCAGGCUCAAUGUCAAGUGGGGAAGGUCCCAGGCAGCAAGAGGAAAAGAAAAGGACAAGGAGGGUACUACAGAAUCCGGGAUAAAGCUGGAGCCAGUUCCGGGACUUCCUGGUGCUCUCCCCCCUCCUCCAGCUGCAGAAGAGGAGGCUUCUGCAAAUUACUUCAACCUACCUCCAAGUGGCCCCUCAGCCGUGGUGAACAUUGCCCUGCCACCUCCCCCUGGCAUCGCUCCACCGCCGCCUCCAGGUUUUGGACCACACAUGUUCCACGCCAUGGGGCCCCCACCUCCCUUCAUGAGAGCCCCAGGCCCCAUCCACUACCCGUCCCAGGACCCCCAGAGGAUGGGUGCCCACGCGGGAAAGCACAGCAGCCCCUAGCACGUCCUGCCACCCUCAUCCUUGAAGUAAAUGUUAUUUUCUAGUUACCAUGGUAGCACCAUAUGUUGAGCUGUGGGUGAGCUAGAGACGCCUUAUUCCCCUGCUUGCAGCCACAGGGCAAGCUGAGCUCCGUGUCUCCACUAGCUAAUCGGAUUGUUGGUAUGUCCCAGGUCUUUCUUUAAGUGUUGGGGGGGUGGGGGACAGACAGGGGGGCUGUCUGUGGGUCUGGGGUACCAGAAUUACAGUGCUGUCUGUGUAUCCCAUUGGCACACUUUUGAAAUAAACUUCUGGAAAAACAAAACCAAAGCCUUUUCAAGGCCGUUUGAUGUCCUCAGUCUGAACAUUAUGGACUGUUUAAAUGUAACCAGAGACUCUUCUCUGUCAGGUAACUAAUGAUGUGCUAAUCUAAUGAGGUGUUAAACCAGGACUGAAUAAGAGCUGAAAAACAAGCUCAUCAGAUGAUGUUGCCACAGGCAAACCCAUGGCUUUGCCUUCCACAGAUUUUUCCUCCCUCCUUUUUCCUGACUUGUGGCUUUGAAAAAAAGACAAGAAAACAAAACCUUUUUUGAUGCCUCACUUCUAAUCCUGCACGUCCUGAGCGAGACAAGUGAGACAAGCGCUGGGUCAGCCGAGCAGCCCCCGGGCAGUGCAGGCAUGACGUGGAGUGACAGGUCAGCAGUUGCCCAGUUUAGCCAGGUGAUGGCCCCCUCAGUGGCCCCACGGGCUGGGCUGUGGUUGCUGACAGCUGCAGGGGAGGGCACUGUGCAGAUGCAGCUGCUCUGGGGGAGAUUUAGGGCUUUCGAGGCCCUUGGUGCAGCGUCUUAAGCUGUGAGAAGGGUCCCACUUCAUCCUGCUUUGAUAAGACGUGAAACUUUUCCUUCUGUGCUCCCACUGUAGUGCUUGGCCAGGAGUGACUGCAUCCUGCAUGGAGCCUGCUGCUGAGUAAGGUCUGUGUACAUGUGGCUGGAGGAUUUUAGAUUAAUCUGCAUGUCAGCUGCUUUUGUGCAGUGGAUCUGUGGACAUCUUUCUGUAAAGCAAAACGUGAUGGGGCUUGUUCUGUAGCCUCAUUUGCUUGUUUCAGAAAAAGCACAUUAAAAUAUUUGAAUUUUUCA